GACGUGGCAACCCUGAGCGGCAGUCAUAUGAUUGUAUGGAUAAGGAUGUGAGUCGUCUGUUGUUGUAAUGUGUCGAUACUUCAGGAUUCACAAAUAAAUAAAAACCUUAAUCAAGAAAUUCUCGCUUCUCUUCACGUGGUAUCUGCGCUUUUGUCGCAGGCUUUAUCAUUUCAAUGGAUUUUAUUCGACAAUUUGGGAUUAUACUUGGGAUUGCAGUGCUUUCCUGUGCGCGUGCGGACAAGUCUCAGAUUGACCCACUGAUAUAUGAGGAGCAGUUGCUAUGGGUUGGCGGUGGAGCCGGUCAGGUCAACACUUUCAGGAUCCCUCUGCUAACCUUCACAGUACGUGGUAGUCUGCUGGCGUUCUCUGAGGCCAGGAAAAUGUCCUCUUCUGACGUUGGGGCGAAGUUCAUCGCAAUGAGACGCUCCACAGACAGAGGUGCCACCUGGUCUCCCACCGCAUUCAUAGUGGACGAUGGUUCUCUAGCAGAUGGGCUGAGUCUUGGUUCUGUGGUUGUGGAUGAAGAGACUGGUGCUGUGAUACUCAUCUACUCUCUGUGUUUUCACCGUUACCAAUGCAACCCCUCCAGCACCAUGAUGGUGCAGAGCGUGGAUGACGGGUUCACCUGGAGCGCCCCACGAAACCUGUCUAUUGAGCUGGGGGUGAAGAGCUUUGCUCCGGGGCCUGGCUUUGGAAUACAGAAACGUUAUCCUCCCAAUGUGGGCCGAUUGGUGGUGUGUGGCCACGGAUCUAUUGCUGGUGAUGGGGUCUUCUGUAUCCUGAGUGAUGAUCAUGGUAAAUCCUGGAGAUAUGGAGCUGCUCUGAAGAGCAUCCCUUACAACCAGCCUAAACAAAACCUGGACUUCAACCCGGAUGAGUGUCAGCCAGUGGAACUAGAGGACGGAAGCAUAGUCAUCAAUGUACGCAACCAGAACAACUACCACUGCCGCUGUCGAAUAAUAGUGCGGAGUUUGGACGGAGGCGAGUCUCUGCCUGUGGAGGAGCUGGUAUUUGACAAAACGUUGAUUGACCCUGUCGUUGCAGCCGGUGCCCUGCAGAAACAAGGAGUGAUGUACUUCAGCAACCCAUCCAGCACUCAGCACAGGGUCAAUCUAACUCUUCGCUGGUCUUUCACUGAUGGGAAGUCAUGGGAAAAGGAGGCAGUCCAGAUCUGGGCGGGGCCAAGCGGUUAUUCGACUAUGACGUCAUUCAAAGGAGAUUCUCCCGAGGACAACAAAUACAUCUUCGUCAUUUAUGAAAAGGGCCAUAAAGAUUACUGGGAGACCAUCUCUUUUGCCAAAGUCCAUCUGUAUGGAGGGAAAUAGCAUACAGGUGGAGAAGCCAAGAAAAGGGAUAUUUAGGACUUUUAAAAUCGACUUUUUUGAGAAAAUCACGAUAUCAGCCUGAUGCACAUAAUUUUUACAUUUCUCUACAUCACAUUUGGGAUUUCGCCAUCUGUACUAUGCACUGCUUUGAUAUGAAUUCCACUCCAGAAAGAAUCAAGACAUACUGCUUCGUUGUAAGAUUGAUAAAUACAGUAAUGAACUACAACUACUGGUAAUUUUACCCGUCUCACUCCAAUUUAACAAAUCUUUCUAGAAUAUAAGCGUCUUGAUGAAAGUGUUCUUCAUUCCUUUGUGCAGUUGGUGAACUGCACAUGGGUUGCACAUGUUUGAGACUAUUUGAUGGUUUUUAAACCGCUCAGGUUAUGUUUGUCUUACAAAUCCUUUUAUUUUUUCUUUAAGGUUUUUUUUUUUUUAAAUGUGGGUUGCAAUAAUGUAAAAGAAGUGAAUCUUCAUAAAGCUACAACAAUCGUAAUUUUUUUUUUUUUUUUUUUUUUUUUUUACUGUAUAACAGUGAUUGAUUUGCAAGUCUUGAAAUCAUGUUUUAAAGGUACACUAUGUAAUUUUUUUUAGUUCAAAAUUUAUAUAAUGUGUGAAUCCAUCUUCCAAACUGUGUUUUUGUCUUAUCCUGAUUCACUGCCUACAAUUUUACAUUUACAUUCUAUUUUAGACCGAGCGGGACGACAGCCGCUGCGGAGUAGCCCAGUACCUGUGUGACCCGUCAUAUACAUAAUCAGAGAGAAGUUUCAGUUUUGUUUAUUAACCACUAGAGUGCCAAAAGUUACAUAGAGUACCUUUAAAUAAAGAAAUGUGAUUUGAUUUUAAUUACCUUUAGGUGUUUCUCCAGUCCCUGGUUUUGCUUAAACUGAUGAAGGCCUCUGAUGCUACUGACAUAAACUGGAAGACACAAGGGUUUGAGACACAUAAACACUCUAAGCAAGCAGUGUUUUCUCCACAUUAUACAACUGUGAAGUCGGAAAACCCACUUUAUAUCCAUGUUAUUGAUGUUCUUCAGGUUAUGGUUUUGUUUACCCAGUCUGGCACUUUUGUGGCCACAGAUGUUGUAUUUUUAAAUGACAGCCAUUUAUUUUAGUAACAUUCUACUGUGAGCGAUUAAUAUAUGUUGGAAGUCAGCUGAAAGGCUUUCACUCUUUUACAUUUGAUACUAAAACAUUUGACAUUUCUCUUGAUUUGCUGGAUUACAUAGGGACAUCUUUCAUUGUUCAAUAAAUUUUUCUAUUUUGAUACAGCAA